AUGAUGAUGAUAAUGGAACGCUGUGGAGGGACCUGGGGAGGGGGCAGGAUCAGGAGAACAGGCUGCUUCCCUACCCGCGUUUCCUGCCAUCCCAGGGUUGCGAUGGCGGAGGUGGAGGCAGAGGCCGAGAAGGGAGUGGCAGUGGAGGUCUGUGGACUGUCCCCCGACGUGCCUGAUGAACUGCUCACUCUCUACUUCGAGAACCGCCGACACUCCGGAGGAGGACCUGUGUUAAGCUGGCAGAGACUUGGCUAUGGGGGCAUUCUCACCUUUCAAGAGCCCGCAGAUGCCGAGAGGGUCUUGACCCAGGCAGAUCAUAAACUAUAUGGUGCUCGGCUGACGCUGCGGCCAGCCCCUCCACGUGCCCCCACACGCCUGCUGCUUCAAGGACUGCCCCCUGGUAUUACGCCUCAGCUCCUGGAGCAGCACGUCCAAGCCCUGUUGUGCGCCUCUGGGCUCCCAGUGCAGCCUUGCUGUGCCUUGGCCAGCCCCCGGCCAGACCGAGCCCUGGUCCAGCUGCCCAAGCCUCUUUCUGAGGCAGAUGUCUGUGCCCUGGAAAAGCAGGCCCAGAACCUGGGCUUAGAGGGAGCCUCAGUGUCCCUGUCCCGGGUGUCCCAGACUCGUGACGUACGUGUGGUAGAGGGCACUGCCUCUGUGGACUUGCUGCUGCUUGAGCUGUACCUAGAGAAUGAGCGCCGCAGUGGCGGGGGGCCCCUGGAGGGCCUGCGCAGCCUGCCCAGGCACCUGGGCACCAUCGUCUCCUUCCAGCAGUGGCAGGUGGCUGAAAGGGUUCUCCAGCGGGACCACUGGCUGCAGGACUCAGAGCUGAGCCUUGUUCCCCACUAUGAUGUACUGGAACCUGAGGAGCUUGCCAGUGACGCCAGUGGAGGGGACCAUCGAUCUGAGCUGGGAUUUAGGGCUACCAAGGAUGCUCUCCUGAAAGCUAGAGGGCUGGCAAGAGCACUGAAUGAUACAGAGACUGUAACAGUGGGCUCUGGGGAGGCACCAGAGCAAUCAGAGGCCUCUCUGAGGACAGAUUCCUUGGGAUCUCUGGGACAGGCUGGGCCAGUCGACUCAGGGCCUUUAGGGUCUCUGGAGCAGAAAGGGCUGCUGACCCUGAGGCCUGUGGGGUUGCCGGGACAGGAAGGGCCCAAGAGCCUGGGGGCUAUAGAUUCUCCAGGCCCAGUGGAGAUUUCACCCAUGGGGUUGCUGGGACAGGAGGGCUUGAUGGAAACUGUCGUGGACUCACCAGGGCAGAAGGGGCUGGUGGAUCCAGUAGAGAUUUCCAUGGGGUCUCUGGAGAAGACAGGGCCAGUGGGCCCAGGGUGUGUGGGGCUGUCAGGGCAGGAUAGCCAGGUGGAGAUGGUACUGUCGAUGGAGCCAGGGGCAAUGCGCUUCCUGCAGCUCUAUCAUGAGGACCUCCUUGUGGGCCUGGGAGAUGUUGCCCUCUUCCCCCUUGAAGGAUCGGAUGUGACUGGCUUUCGGCUCUGUGGAGCCCUGGCCUCCUGUCAGGUGGCCGAGGAGUUUCUGCAGAGCCUGCUGGGCAGCAUUAGCUGCCAUAUGCUGAGCCUGAAGCACCCAGGCAGCACCAGGUUUCUGCUGGGCCCAGAAGGACAGCACCUUCUUCAGGAACUGGAGGCUCAGUUCCAGUGUGUCUUUGGGACAGAGCGUCUGGCCACAGCUAUCCUGGACACAGACCCUGAAGAGGUGGACCCCACUGAGGACCUCCUGGUCCUCCCCAGCCGUGCCCACACCUUGUGGCCCCCAGACAGUACAGGCAGUGAACAGGAGAACAUGAGCCUGGAGGAGGUCCGAGAGCUGCUGGCCACUCUGGAAGGCCUGAACGGGGAGGACUAUCGGCCUCUGGAACUAGGGGAGAGGGAGCCUGAGGAGCAACCAGAGGAGGAGGCAACCCCAGGACAUGAGGAGAAGGAGCCUGUGGCCCCCAGCACGGGGGUGGGUGGGCAGCUGGAAGAAGAGGCUGAGCUGCAGCUGGCCCUCCACCGGUCUCUGGAGCCUCAAGGCCAGGUUGCUGAGUGGAAGGAGGCUGCUGCACUUCAGCAAGCCCUGGCCCUCUCUCUGCUGGAGCAGCCCCUGUUGGAGGCAGAAGAGCCUCCAGGUGGGGAGACUGGUAGCAGGGCCCUGCUGGUGGUGCAUGUGGCCUUUGAGCAGGAUAUGGAUGAGUUAGAACGGGCACUAGAGGCUGGCUUAGAGGGAUACCUUUGGGAGGAGACGGUGGGGCCCUGGGGCCACAUGCUGUCUACAGAGCUGCGUGCUCGCCUGGAGCAGCGUCAUGGUGUGAGUGUUGCCUUACGUGGUGACUGCACCAUCCUCCGUGGCUUUGGGACCCAGCCCACCCGUGCAGCCCGCCACUUAGCAGCACUUCUGGCUGGUCCCUGGAAUCAGAGUUUGGCUUUUCCCAUGACAGCUACAAGCCCUACCUUGCCAGGGCAGAGACUGAUGGAGCCCUUGAGCAGGCUGGAGCAUCUGGCAGAGAGCACCAGGGAGUUCCAGGAGGUCGUGCAGGCCUUCUAUGACACCCUGGACACUGCCAGCAACAGAAUCCACAUUGUCCGAGUGGAGCGCGUGUCGCACCCGCUGUUGCAGCAGCAGUACGAGCUGCACCGGGAGCGCUUGCUGCAGCGCUGUGAGCAGCACCCGGCAGAACAGGUCCUGUACCACGGCACAACGGCGUCGGCCGUGCCUGACAUUUGUGCGCACGGCUUCAACCGUAGCUUCUGCGGACGCAACGGCACGCUCUACGGACAAGGCGUGUACUUUGCCAAGCGGGCCUCCUUGUCGGUGCAGGACCGCUACUCGCCCCCUGACGCCGACGGCCACAAGGCGGUGUUCGUGGCACGGGUGCUGACAGGUGACUACGGGCCGGGCAGCCGCGCUCUGCGAGCGCCCCCACUGCGAGCCCCCGGCCACAUCCUCCUACGCUACGACAGCGCGGUGGACCGCCUCCACCAGCCUAGCAUCUUCGUCAUCUUUCACGACACUCAGGCGCUGCCCACCCACCUCAUCACCUGCGAGCACAUGACCCGGGCUUCCCCCAAGGACCCCUGUGGGCAUUCAGGCCACUCCCCGGCCACCAACGAGACCUCCCUCUAG